UACUACCACAGUUAUGUUGUUACACCUGUCCGAUUCUGUUUCUGUUUCUGCGUCUGUUGAUGGCGGUGAAGGUUGUUUUCUAGUGAAUUCGUCACUUUUAAGGGUUAAAUAGAUUUGUCUGUUCAGAUUUAACUUAAUAAAACUGUACCAAUAAUUUUCUCAAACCAUAUUCAAAAUGAGUGUUGAAGAAGAGGUCAUGAAAAUUCAGAAAAAACUUACAAAAAUGACUUCUGGGGAUGGUUCUAGCCAAGAUCAAGCCUUGGAUUUGUUAAAAGUCUUGCAAGGAUUACCUGUCAAUCUAGAGAUUCUGACGAAGACCAGGAUUGGAAUGACUGUCAACGCCCUUCGCAAGUCAAGCUCUGAUGAUGAGGUCAUCAGCUUGUCAAAAACACUCAUCAAAAACUGGAAGAAGUUUUUAUCUGCUAGUGGCAAAGAAACACCUCCAAGCAGUUCAAAGAAGCCCAGCACAGGAUCUAAGGAUAAAGAGGACAAACCUAAAGAACCUGAAAAGAAAGAAAAAGAAAAGGAAGUGAAAAAGGCUCCAGCUUCAUUCCCUCCAAGUAACACAACUGAUGCUGUAAGGCUGAAGUGUCGAGAGCUGCUAUGUACAGCCAUCAAAACAGACGGCCUUGCCGAAAACAUGGAAGGCUGUGCCACUCCUGAGGAGUUGGCGGAAGAGUUAGAAGAAUGCAUUUAUCAGGAAUUCCACAACACAGAUAACCGGUACAAAAACAGGAUCAGGAGUCGGGUUGCAAACUUGAAAGACUCAAAAAACCCUCAGUUGAGAACAAACUUCUUAGUUGGUGCCCUCCCUGCUUCAAGGCUAGCAGUUAUGACUGCCGAGGAAAUGGCCAGUGACGAGAUGAAGCAACUUCGUAACAAGUUCCUAAAGGAGUCAAUUGAUGACGCUCAACUGGCCACAGUACAAGGCACGAAGACUGAUCUGCUCAAAUGCGGCAAGUGUAAGAAGAGGAAUUGUACCUACAACCAGAUCCAAACGAGAAGUGCUGAUGAACCAAUGACCACUUUUGUAUUAUGUAACGAGUGUGGAAAUCGAUGGAAGUUUUGUUAAGGUUUUUCUGGUACAAACAAGAAGUGCUGAUGAACCGAUGACCACGUUUGUGCUCUGCAACGAGUGUGGCAACCGGUGGAAGUUUUGUUAACUUAAUCAUCAUCAGUUAUCAUCAGUGGCACAUUCUCCCAUGAGAUCAUAUUUUUUCUACUCUUUUACUGACUUGUGAAAUUUUACCAAUAAAAAGAAUUCAGUGAUUAUCAAUCAGCACAUCACUGAAAGCGUGUUUUAAGUUCUACUAUAUGGGGUUUUAUGCUUCUAUUAUACAAGUGUCCAGUAAAUCUUUUGCAAUAAACAAUCUGGUUGCCAAGGUGCAUUUAUUAUAUAAUUAAUUAAUCAACAGCAUAAAUUAGCGCAAAAGAAAGUUGCUCCAAACUAUCUGGGAGUUCUUUGUAUUGAGGUUCUACUGAAAAAGAUAAUUUUAUACUCGUAACUAAUUAUUGUUGUGAAAUUCUGUAAUGUGUAUAUAUGGUGAUUAUUAUUUUUUGCUUUACUCUUUUGACUGAAAAAUUUUUAAUUGGAUAUUUUACUAUGAUUAUUUUAUUGUUAAAAGAUAUGUGUGAACUUAUACAUGAUGUGAUGAAGUGAUAUGUCCAGCGAUCUCUCAAACUUUUCUGUUGGAUAAUUGUGGAAGUGUUUUGUUUAAUUUUUGCUAAAAAUGUUGUAGAUAUUAUUUAGUAAACAUUUGAAG